ACUUUUUCCUCACUUAAGUUCUUUCAACUGACUUUCAGAAAAUGCUCUCAUGGCACGCCUGGUGGACCUGGGAAUUGUUGCUACUGCUCUUUGGCUUGUCAAUCCAUGCUGGUGCAGCUGCUCAGGUCAUAGAAGAACGAGGCUCAAAAGGACACCUUGACCUCACAGAGUUAAUAGGAGUCCCUCUUCCUCCUUCCAUCUACUUUGUCACGGGCUAUGGAGGGUUCCCAGCGUACGGCUUUGGUCCAGAUUCCAGCAUCGGGAGGCUGACCAGUGCUAUAAUACCAUCACCUUUCUACCGAGAUUUUGCUAUCGUGGUAACCGUGAAACCCAACAGUGAUCGUGGAGGAAUGCUCUUUGCAAUAACAGAUGCCUUCCAGAAAACCAUCUACCUGGGACUGAGGAUUUCACCAGUUGAUGACAGCACCCAGAGGAUAAUCAUGUACUACACAGAGCCUGGAUUCCAUAUCUCCCGAGAGGCUGCUUCCUUUAAAGUGCCUGUGAUGACUAACAGGUGGAAUAAAUUUACAGUGACUGUUGAGGGAAAUGAUAUUGCUUUGUUCAUGGACUGUGAAGAAUAUCAGAGGCUUCAGUUUCAAAGGUCUGCCCGAACCUUGGUAUUCGAAUCUGGCUCUGGGAUAUUUAUUGGUAAUGCAGGAGCCACGAGACUGGAAAAGUUCACAGGCUCAAUUCAACAUCUGACAAUCAAAUCUGACCCAAGGGCUACUGAAGAUCAUUGUGAAGAUGAUGACCUUUAUGCUUCAGGGGACAGCAGUGGCAAUGGCAGCAUUCAAGAAUAUGACACUUCUGAGACACAAGAAGCUCAUGCACCUUCUCAUCGUCCCAUAAGGCCUGAAGAUAUGUUGGCUGAGCCAGUGGAAGCCCCCCCAACCAUAUUGUCUUAUUUGGAAGAGAAUGAUUUCUCUGGAAAUCAUAGACCAGAAGAAACCUCAGAAGCAGCUAAAUUUAAAGAACAAGAUGUCACUGUCAUGAAAACUGGACAGGGCAACAGCGAGUCUACCACAGUCACACAGAAAAUGUUAACAGAAGGAGAUGGCUCUGGUGCUGGUGUUUUGCCAGGAGUAAGCAGAGAGGAGGGCCAGAAAGGUCAGGAAGUAGAGGAUGGGUCCACAGAGUCUCUAGGAGGGUCAGGAAUAGAAGAUAUGGAAAAUAAAGAUCAAGGACCUCCUGGAUCUCCAGAGAAACUUGGACAACUUGGUCAGCCUGGCAUUCCUGGUAAAAAUGGAUUACCUGGUAAAAAUGGACUUCAGGGGUUGCCAGGGCUGAAAGGAAAAGCAGGCCCAAAAGGUGAAAAGAAUAGACUGGAACCUGAAGAAUCAGGUUCUGGAGAUACUGAGAGUAUCAGAGAGACUGAGAUUUUAAGAGGUCUUCCAGGGCCACCAGGCCCUCCAGGACUGCCUGGUCCUCCAGGAAAGCCAGCGCCUGAUUCAGGUGUAGGACCUCCUGGGUCACCAGGAAAAGAUGGAGCUUCUGGGGAUCCAGGCCCCGAAGGCCCUCAAGGUCCUCCUGGCCGUGAUGGAGUGGUUGGCCCACCAGGAUGGAAGGGAGAAAAGGGUGAUCAAGGUCUACCUGGUUCUGCUGGUGCAAAGGGUGAUACUGGAGUCACUGGAUCAAUAGGCCCCAAAGGAGAAUCUGGCCCUAUUGGGUCUCCUGGGCCUCCUGGACCACCAGGACCCCCUGGGCCUCCUGGACCCCCUGGACCUCCUGGACUACCAGGACUAAGUUAUCGCUUGGGAUUUGAGGAUAUGGAAGGAUCUGGUAGCAUUGACCUGUUAAGUGAGUCAAGAAUUCCCAGAUCAAGGGGGCCAAAAGGUUCUGCAGGAAGACCUGGACAGCAUGGACUAUUAGAACCAAAGGGAGAAAGAGGCAACAUAGGUCCACCAGGUUCAAAGGGAAUGCUGGGCACAGAUGGAAAACCAGGCUCUCCUGGCAUUGCUGGGCAUCCCGGAGAAGUGGGUCCAAAAGGAGAGAAGGGUGACCCAGGACCUCGGGGGGAACCAGGAAAGGAUGGGAACAGUGUUGUGGGACCACCUGGACCACCAGGACCACCGGGACCAGUCACAGCAAUACCUGAGUUACUUCUCAAUGACACAGAUGGAAUUUUUAGUUUUACUGAAAUUAAAGGACUGCUUGGGCCUCCAGGCCCUCAGGGUCCAAAGGGUGAUACUGGUUUGCCUGGAUCACAAGGACCUAAAGGACAACAGGGUGAAAAGGGAGAACCAGGAGCUAUCAUUUCUGCUGAUGGAUCUUUAACUGAGUUAUUAGGAAGAAAAGGGGAGAAGGGUGAAGCUGGAGUGGUGGGACCAGUGGGACCAGUGGGACCAAUAGGACCCACUGGACCCAAGGGGGAACUUGGUUUCCCAGGACGCCCAGGCCGUCCAGGGCUGAAUGGACUGAGAGGUGUGAAAGGUGAUCGAGGUGAAGCAUUCAAUGGCCUUCCUGGUUUGCCUGGGCCCCCAGGGCCCCCUGGACCUCCAGGACAUGUACUUUAUAUCAAAGGAACAGUUUUUCCAGUCCCUCCCAGGCCUCAUUGCAAAAUGCCAAUGAACACUCCCUAUCCUGGAAAUCAAGAAAUUCUUAAUGGUCAUGGUGCUAAAGCAACCAGUGAAUCCUGGGGACUGCACGGUUCAGCACACUUUAAAGGAGAGAAGGGAGACAGAGGUGCUCCAGGACCACCAGGUCCACCUCUGCCUCCAUCAUAUUUCAGCCACUUUAUUAAUAGCAUAAAGGGUGAAAAAGGAGACAAUGGAGUCACUGGUGUAAAAGGAGAAAAAGGAGAACCAAAUGGAGGGGGUUUUCUGACAGGACCUCCUGGACCACCAGGAAGACCAGGAUUAACUGGACCAAAAGGGGACUCAGUUGUUGGACCCAGAGGACCUCCAGGAUUACCUGGCUCACCAGGCUUACCAGGUUAUGGAAAAAUUGGACCUCCUGGCCCACCUGGACCACCUGGACCACCAGGCCCUCCUGCAAUAUAUGGCUCAGCAGCUGCAAUGCCUGGGCCACCAGGUCCUCCUGGAGAACCAGGGUCACCUGCCACCAGGAAUCUGGUUACAACAUUCCAGAACAUUGAGGCUAUGUUGGAAAAAGUUCAUUAUGUAGCAGAAGGUACGCUGAUCUAUCUGAGGGAAACCAGUGAGGUUUUUAUCCGUGUUCAAAGAGGAUGGAGAAAAUUGCAGCUUGGCGAGCUAAUUCCUAUCCCUGCUGAUAGCCUUCCUCCUCCAGCCCUAUCAAGCCAUGGAUUUCAGUCUAUUCCAGCAGCGAGACCUAUAUCAAAUAUGAACAAUGGAAAACCAGCAUUGCAUUUGGCGGCUUUGAACUUCCCUUUGGCUGGUGACAUGCGAGCAGAUUUUCAGUGUUUUCGGCAGGCCCAGCUUGUAGGUUUGACAUCCACCUAUAGAGCCUUCCUUUCAUCACACUUGCAAGAUCUGGCCACAGUUGUCAGAAAAACAGACCGACACCAUCUGCCAAUAGUCAAUCUUCAGGGAGAAACCCUUUUCAGUAACUGGGAAUCUAUAUUUGAUGGAAAUGGUGGACGAUUCAACAUUCAUGUUCCAAUAUACUCCUUUGAUGGAAGGAAUAUCAUGACUGAUUCAUCUUGGCCUCAAAAAAUAAUAUGGCAUGGUUCAACUGCAAAUGGGAUCCGACUGGUUAGCAACUACUGUGAAGCCUGGCACACAGCUGAUAUGGGAGCUAUGGGACAAGCAUCACCUCUAAACACAGGGAAACUUCUCGCCCAGAAAGUAUAUAGCUGUAAUAAUCUGUUUAUUGUUCUCUGUAUUGAAAAUAGUUUUGUAUCUGAUCCCCAAGGAAAAUAAUUCAGCUGCUGCAUGUAGGAAUAUUCCAUUUGAUGACAGAAAAAGCUGACACUGAAAUUUCAUUUGUAAUGAUGUAAAUAUUUUAAUUUUUGUAAUUGCACAUUUCAGGAAAAAAAAUAGACAAAGAAAACAUACCUCAACACAAACCACAUUCCAGUUAGGUGGAACAUCCAGUGCACACGACUGGUAUAGAGCCCUUCCUUCCACUUGAACCCCAUGUGGUUCGAAGCUUGCCAGCAGUUAACUCAUGUUCUUGUGCCUGAGCUGGAGUUCACCUAAGGGCAGGAGCCAAGUGUGGUCAGUGAGGAAGAUCCAGUAGCUUGCCUCGUAAGCAGAAUGGCUCAGCAAGGCUGCUGCUGCUUCACAGCUGUGAAGCUGCAUGCUCCAUGCUCUCCUUUCCACUUGCAUAGAUUUUGGAUACCCAAGACACUGUUCAUAUAUACUCAUAUAGGCAGCAAAUACUGGGAGGCUCUUAUGCCCUACAGACCUUGCAUUUACAAAACAAAGCUUUAAGAACUAAGGUACUCAUCUCCUCUGAGUUUUGUUGGAAGCUGAGUACCUGACUCCUGUAAGUUUGUACCUGUAAGUUCGGAUCUCAGCCUGGUGCUUACACAGAAAUAUAGCAGUUCCCACAUCUUAUUACAGCUUUUCUCUUUGCAGAUUCUAGGAGUAGGACUUUAUGCAGGAGGAGUGAAUUUCACAUUGACAAAAUCUUGUCUUUAUUUUGGUGCUAUUGUUACCAGGAAACCUGAAAGUAAUGUUAAUAGAAAACAUCCUGUUUAACAGGUAAAACUGAACAAAGCAAAUGCAGACAAAUGAACCAUCUGACCUUUAUUUAUUUCAUUGCAUGUUAGAGGAAGUCACUUCUUUUUGUGUCAGUCUGAUGAAUGAAAUAUGUCUGUCAUGGUUUCCUUAAAAUAGGUUCUACACAUUGUUAUCCCACUAAGUUGUAUGUAAAGCAAUUUUCCUUUUUGUGAAUUUACCAUUCUGGCAUUCGCAUAAUUAAAGAAUGGUUGAUAUAAAAUAACUGUAACAUUAAUAGGAAUGAUCAGGAGAUGGUAAUAUUCUUCACUAAUAAUAUCACCAUAAUAUCUGAAGUCUUUUGCUGAUAUAUUUGUCUACUGCAUACUUUGAACAACGUAUUUGCUUAUGUUUUAUCGUACAGUGACUAUGGAGGUCAAGCUCCACAUCCUCAUUUUUUUUAAGAUUUAAACGAGAAUCCAUGCUGGAAAUACAUGUUAAUUUGCUGAGCAUUAAAUAGAGUAUUAAAUAACUAGACAUCUUUUGUCAACAGACAAAAGCAAAUUACACUUACAACACUAAAAUGAUAAAAUUAUACAACUAAUUAUUUUGAAAUCCUACUUUAUUUUUCCAAUAGAUUAUAAAAGCUUAUUUCCCAGGGUCAGCUGAAUGAUAUCUUCAUUUUUUUCUGGAAAACCAAAAAAUGUAAAUUAUUCCCUUAUUACAAAAUGGCAAUAAGGCAAAAGCCAUUUGUAUUACAUUUAAAAUAUAUGCAUAACAAUUCACUGCACUCAUUUAUAGUCAACUUUCCUAAAAUUCCGAGCCACUCUUGUGCCAAAUUCCUCCAGUUCACAGAGCUGGAAGAGUUAUUUAUGUACAGCAGGGUUUCGCUCUGAGUCACAGAAGGAUCAAGGGAGAAAAUAAAGUGCUUUUACCUGCUUCAA